AUGCCUGCAUCCCCAACUGCAACAGCUCGGCUCGCAGUGCAUGCAGACCUCACAGAACUGAUUGUGCCGCACUUGCUAGCGCUCACGUGGAAAGGUAUGGCAUAUUUGAGCUUCAACGAAAGCUUCAACACAAAUCUGAAGUUCACCACAGAUGGGACUGAUGAGAAUGACGACAUGCUCAAGAAGGAUUUGCCAUUGCGGUACACUUGGUCAAUCUGGGAGCAGAUCAUGCAGUCCACUGACAAGACCUCUGCGUACUCAGAUGCCACCCACAAGGUGGCCAGCUUCGCGACGGUCCAGACCUUCUGGAAGUUGUGGAAUCACAUGCCACAGCCCUCGGAGCUCUUGGAGCAGAAGCGGAUGGUUCGCGAGCAGCCAGACGGGCUGCAUGUCAUCGAUGCGGUGAUGAUUUUUCGAGAAAACAUUCGACCUGAAUGGGAGGACAAGACGAAUGCAGCAGGAGGACAUUUCCAGUUCCAAUUGAAGCCGCAAAUCGGUGGUGGACAGGUGGAUGAGUAUUGGAACAACCUUGUGCUGGGCAUGAUCGGGGCUACGAUCGAGCCUGCCAAUAUGAUCACUGGGCUGCGAUUGGUGGACAAACUCUCCGGGCCCAGGGCCGCAGGUGUCAUCCGACUCGAGGUGUGGUUUUCCAAUUAUGAUGACACUCAAGCAGUGAAUGCGCUGAAGAAAAAUGUGGAGAAGUGCAUGGCAACACGGCAGGCCGUCCGUGCUUGCUGCGGUGCAAGAGUCUUUCCAGUUUGCCAGCUUCUGAAGAGGGCAGCUGUCAGCAAGAGUAUGGAGAGCGAGGCGAUGAGGCAGAGGUCACCCCACUCCUCAAGGCCGAUGCUGGCCAUGUCAUGCUGCGCUGUGUCAGAGUCCCUUGUCUUCUGCGCUCAGAAGCCGCCGGCGCUCUUCUCCCCCGGCCAUCGGCGGAUGAACAUCUUGCCGAUGUUCUUGAACGUGUUUAUCCCCUGGGCAAUCUUCGUGUACUGCUUCUGCUUGAGUUCCUUCUACUUGAUGUACAAGACACCACUUUUAGCCUGGCUAUGUAUAUCUGCGGUGUUUGUGAUUUGGCUCGUCUUCGUGGCGGUGGCCUUCUGCGCUCGCAAGUAUCAUCCUGAUCCAACUUGGUUCACGUUUUUCAGCAUCCUCGCGGCGAUCUGCGCUGUUUGGGGCAUCCUUGCAGGGUUGGCCAACCUGCGAGAGUACGAGGAUCCAUACUACACGCUUCAAGAGAUGCGCGACGCCAAAGGACCAAACGGCACCGGAGUGAAUCCAUCGCUCGUAUCUGGCGAAGAUGUGAUGGAUGCAGGCGUUCUGACCUUCCAGCAGGGCAGCAUGUUCGACCCGGAAAGGACAUGGCACUUUAUGUAA